ACCGGGAACGGGAGUCAUCAGUUAUAUCUAAACACCUCAAUGGGACUCUCUGUUGUUUGGCUUCUUUCUUUUCUGUUCACAUUUCUUUCACUCCCUGAUUAACUUUUCCCCAUUUUUGAUUCUUUCUGAGGGUUGAAUGAGAUCUGGGCAGUCACUCAAAUUUUGGGUAGCUCUAUAAAUCCUCUCGGAUUUUGCCAAUAUUUUAUCUCUCCGUGCAAUAAAUUCUACCAAACAGCUGAGAAUAAAGUGGCAUUAUCCGUGGAGAUUUCUGUUUUCCCCAUCUUAUUUAAUUAAACUGAAAAUUUUCGGUGAUUGAGAGAUCUGAAUUUUAUCAACCAGAUGAUGCUGAGUGUAAUGUUUAUGGUGAGCUGGGUGAUUCAAUAAAAUGGGGAAGAGAAGGAUGAAGAAUUCUUGAUUUCGAGAAAUCGAAAUCGAAAUCCCGCCUUGAAGGAACUGAAUUGAGUGAGUGAGGAGAAAUCUAAGAACUUAAGAGGUGGGUGGAUCCCUCUUAAGGCAGAGGGAUCGGAAUGGGUGAACAGGGAGGAGAUCAAAGUUCUUGCUGUUGGAUGCCACCAACUCCUUACAGGCCUAUUCUCACCAGACCGGAGACCAAAUUGCGGCCGGAAAUUUCGACGUCCUCGAGACCAUUGGGGGUAGAAGAAAUUCAAGAGAAUAGAUUAGUUAUAGACUUGGAUCCGGAUCCCGCGGAAGAGAGCGGAUUUGUUUACCAUGGAGCUGGAGUUGGAGCCGGUAGCGGCGUUGAAACUUCAACGGACGCUUAUUUCCGCCGCGUGGCACAGUGGAGAGAUGUCCCUUGCAAAGAGCUCAUGAUCCUCGCGGUGGCCUCUGCGAAUGAUGGGAGCGGUAGUGCAGUGCUGGGAGAUACUCAGCAUGAAUUUUCAUUCCCUGACAACCAUCCUUAUGAUCUGAAUAUUCCACCUCCGACUACAAAUGGCCAAUUUGCACCUAUAACACCAGAUAAGUCCAUGAGAGUUGACAGUGAACAAAUGUAUCGAAUUCCGAGCUCCAAUGCUGACGAUGGACAAGGCCAGGAGAUAGAAGAGCAAUGGGAUGCUAAUUCUGCGACAAUUAAUAUCAUUGAUCUGGAAAACAAUAAAGAUAUAGAAAAAUCUGCUGUGGAUUCAUCACAAGCUACUUUCUCCACGCAGCUCCAGGAACACUGCAACCCUGACAAGGAGGUGAACAUCAGUAUCGACUUGAACAAGACACCACAACCGAAACAAAGAAGGAGAAAGCACAGGCCAAAGGUGAUUAUAGAAGGCAAGCCAAAAAGAAACACACAGCCUUCUGUUUCUAUGGAAAAUCCAAAACCCAAAAGAAAGUAUGUGCGCAAGAGUACACUCAAUAAAAGCACAACUCCUCCACCGCAGGAAUCUACAGAGCAUAUUGAUUCAAAUAAUCUGCAGCCUACAAAGAGAUCAUGCAGAAAGGCUUUAAAUUUUGACGCAGAAGAACCAAGAGAUGGAAGUUCCUCAAGCAAGUCUUUACAUGUGGGUUCACAAUCACAGGAGAUGAAUGUUGGCACCAAUGGAGUUCAAACAAAUUCAACCGCACCACACAGAAAUGAAGUUGAAUUGGUGGCAGAUAACACCCAAGCAGGCAUAGCCCAAGAUCUCAUCCGUUCUACAAGCAGAAUGCUGAAACAUUACUUGUCAUUGCCAGACCAACAACCUCCAAGCACACCACAACAAACGAGAGGUUCUACUACAUAUGUUGAUUCCCAAAAGGAGGCUGCAGAAGAAGUAGGACAAAUGAGCACUCAUAGUGGAUACACUGCACAAACCAUGUUGGAUCGGGACACUAGAUCAUCCCAACGAAGUGCAAAUGAUUCCACCCACAGCACAACUACGGUUCUGACAAUAGAAGAACAAGCAAAAAGAUCAAAGAGAAAUUAUUCGAGUGCUGUUGAGCAAGAAGAUCCUAGGACCAGAAAUUUAUAUGGGGCAAACUAUAAUAAUUUGCCGGCAUACUACAAUGUGAUGUCAUGGGUGCAUUUUCCAUACAUAUACAAGAAGAAGAGGACUGAUAAGGUGCAAAAUUCUACCAUACCAAGCACCUCGUAUCAUGUGAAUAUGGCAGAAAACAUAUGGAGACCAUCGGCAGCUGGCUGCUUGACUCCUGGUCCUCAAGUAAAUGCUGGUAAUGUUUCAACUGCACUUGAAGAAGUGGGAAAUAACCCUCAGGAUAGACCGCAAAGUGUUCACAGUUUCUUGCCCUUGUAUCAGACAGAGAGGUCAACAAAGAGAAGAUCUAGUUGCCCUACAAGGGUUCGCAACUUGGCUUCACUAACCAGAACACCAGAGCACAUACUGCACAGAACCUGUCUCGCCAAUCAACCACCCACUGAUGGCAAUGGUCAAAGAGUGAAUCAAUUUGACAGAUCUCAGACAUGCAUUGACGCCCUAGUCACAGACGUGGGUGCAACACUCGCAAAAAGGAAGAGGACAAAGAGAAAUCCACUUUCCAGUUCACAACGAGGUCUUCUAAUAUAUAAGAACCAGCCAUAUUUUGCCACAGCAUCAGGUGUUCCUCCACAAGUACCAUUCGAACAACUGCUUUCUGCUAUUACUGAGCACUUCAAAUGUUUGGACAUUAAUAGAGAAAAUAGCAGCAGAUUUGCCUAUCACAGGUAUAAUGUCAAAUCUUCUUACAAGGCACAAGAUCAAGAGCACAACGCACUGGUUCUUUAUAGAAGAGAUGGCACUGUUGUACCAUUUGAUGGUUCUUUUGAUCCAAUUAAGAAACGUAAAGCGCGACCUAAAGUUGACCUUGAUCAAGAGACUGAUAGAGUAUGGAAGCUUCUGCUGGAAAAUAUAAACAGUGAAGGUAUUAAUGGCACAGAUGAGGAGAAAGAAAAAUGGUGGGAACAAGAGCGUAAAGUGUUCCGUGGACGUGCAGACAAUUUUAUUUCACGAAUGCAUCUUGUGCAAGGAGAUAGACGCUUCUCUCCGUGGAAGGGAUCAGUUGUGGACUCAGUGGUUGGAGUUUUCCUUACUCAAAAUGUUUCAGACCACCUGUCUAGCUCUGCGUUCAUGUCAAUGGCUGCACAUUUUCCCCUGAAGUCAAGGAGCAACGAAAUAUCAUGCGAUGAAGAAGUUGCGAGCUUGGUCGUAGAUGAACCAGAAGUAUGCAUUAGUGAGAAUUCAAACCAGCCAGGUUGUGACUGGAGUUCCCUAACGUUCCAUGACGCUGAGCAUAGUGAAGAAAAAGUUGUCAACGGACACAAUAACUCUGGAAGCACUACUGAGGGUGUUAUCUCAACAAAUGAAGCACAAUGCAAGCUUUCACAUCCAUCUGAACCUGGUCCGGGAAUGUAUCCUAACUCAUUAAUGAACAGGUCAACCACCAAGAUCACAAGAACAGAAUUGUACCUGCAGGAGGAUAUGAGAACGUACAAUGGAGUUUCAUCUCAAAAUUCUGUGGAUUCUUCAACUUCACAAACUGUGGAAAAGACAGGAUCGUGCGAGAGCAACUCAGAAACAGAGAAUCCGCCUAAUAGAUGUGAAAACAGCAGUUUAGAUCACUCCACUUCGUUUGUGGAGCUUUUACAGAGGGCCGAAUCAAGUAUGCUGCAUUACAGUCUCGGGAGCACCCAUAUGUCCUCUCAUGACAUAUCAAACUGUGGAGGUUACCAACCUGCAUGUGUGCAGCAUAAUGACCAAAGAUGUGAGAUAAACAGAGAAGCAUCCCUUGAGCCUUCCAGUAACUGUUGUUUGAAUCUAACCCCCAACCCAGGAGUACAGCAAGUUGAGUACUUUGAUUUGUACGGAGAAGUAACCCAGUCUUCUUAUGCAUCCAAAAAUAAAUGUGAAGAUAGUCCGAGUGAAAGAAGUGCACUAACAUCAGAAUCUCCCAGUCAAGAUACAACACAUAACAAGCUGACAGUGAAUGUUCAAGAAGCACCAAGAUGUUCCGGAAAUUCAUGCAAUAACAUUCAGGUAGGUAAUAAUAUGGCCCAGUCUCAACUCGGGUUGGCUGGGAGCUCAAAUAAUGUUGACAUACAUUCUCAGGAGCAAAACAGUAAGAUACAGCAAAGUUGCUUGAACAUUUCUGGAGGGACCACAGAUGUUAUGCAGAAGGCAACAGAGUUGGGUUCAAAUGAGCAGAGUAAUUCAGUUAACAAGGAGUUCAGUAGUACGAAUGCUGCUACCUCCAACACAAAGAACAGAAAAGCUGGAAAAGAGAAAAAAGAUCAGCAAGAUUGGGACAAAUUAAGGAAACAAGCAGAAUUAAAUGGAAAGAAAAGGGAAAAGACAGAAAAUACAAUGGAUUCCUUGGACUGGGAAGCCGUAAGAUGUGCAGAUGUUAAUGAGAUCGCCCAAACCAUCAAAGAGCGGGGGAUGAAUAAUAUGCUUGCAGAACGAAUCAAGGAUUUCCUUAACAGACUGGUCAGAGAGCACGGUAGUGUUGAUCUUGAAUGGUUGAGGGACGUUCCACCUGACCAAGCAAAAGAGUAUCUGCUGAGCUUUCGCGGAUUGGGGUUGAAAAGCGUGGAAUGUGUGCGGCUUUUGACACUGCACCAUCUUGCUUUUCCAGUGGACACAAAUGUUGGACGUAUAGCUGUACGGCUUGGAUGGGUACCCCUUCAGCCCCUGCCUGAGUCAUUGCAGUUGCAUCUUCUUGAACUGUACCCAGUGCUGGAAUCCAUACAAAAGUAUUUGUGGCCACGACUGUGCAAGCUUGACCAAAGAACAUUGUACGAGCUGCAUUACCAAAUGAUAACAUUUGGAAAGGUCUUCUGCACGAAAAGCAAGCCGAAUUGUAAUGCAUGCCCGCUGAGAACAGAUUGUAGGCAUUUUGCAAGCGCAUUUGCGAGUGCAAGGCUUGCGCUGCCGGGACCAGAGGAGCAAAGCAUAGUGAGUGCAACUGAAGACAGAACUACCCAUCCAAACCCUGCUGGUGUCAACAAUAGAAUGCCCUUGCCCUUCCCUCAGGCAACAUACCAGCAAUUGGAAGCAAGCCAGAAAUCAGAAGUAAAAUCUACAUUUGGUCAUUGUGAACCUACAACGUUCCAGCAAUUGGAAGCAAGCCAGAUAUCUGACGCAAAAUCUGCAGUUGGUAAAUGUGAACCUAUUAUUGAAGAACCAGCAUCACCAGAGCCAGUGUGUACACAGAUAUCAGAGGACAUUGAGGACUUCUGUGAAGGUCCUGACGAAAUUCCAACCAUUAAACUUAACAUUGAAGAGUUCACUCAGACUUUGCAAAAUUAUAUGGAAAAAAACAUGGAGCUUCAAGAAGGUGAAAUGUCAAAAGCUUUAGUCUCUCUAACAUCAGAAGCUGCAUCAUUACCAACUCCCAAGCUUAAGAACGUGAGCCGACUGCGAACUGAGCACCAAGUCUAUGAACUUCCUGAUACGCACCCUCUUCUAGAAAUGUUGCAUAUGGAUAAGCGAGAACCUGACGAUCCGUGCAAUUACCUUCUGGCUAUUUGGACUCCAGGUGAAACUCCAAAUUCCAUUCAACCACCAGAGAAAAGGUGUAGUUCUCAAGAACUUGGCAAAUUGUGUGACGAUAUGGAAUGUUUCUCAUGCAACAGUGCACGGGAAGCAAAUUCACAAACAGUCCGAGGGACUCUCUUGAUACCAUGCCGAACAGCAAUGAGAGGGAGCUUUCCACUUAACGGAACCUACUUUCAAGUUAAUGAGGUAUUUGCUGACCAUGAUUCGAGCAUUAACCCAAUUGAUGUUCCAAGGGCUUGGUUGUGGAAGCUAUACAGGAGAACAGUGUACUUCGGAACCUCGAUACCAACAAUAUUUAAAGGGUUAUCAACACCAGAAAUUCAGCACUGCUUCUGGAGAGGAUUUGUCUGCGUGAGGGGAUUUGACCAAAAGACGCGGGCACCGCGUCCAUUAAUGGCACGACUGCACUUCCCAGCCAGCAAGUUGGUCAAAACAAAAGAUAAGAGAGAGGAGUAGCCACCCAGAAGUCUCAAAGCAAGUCUAUAGAGCAGCACACAGCCCACAUUGAGCCACCCACAAGUUUCAAAGCAAGUCUAUAGAGCUGCACAUACCCCGCAUUGAGUGGCAAAGCAUUCAAAAGUUGUAAAUUGGCUCGUGUAGUAAAGAGUCGAGUUCUAGUUUAGUUGUUUGCUCAAUUGACUCAGAGGGCAUUUAGCCAUUUGUGUAAGAACGGCCAGCAUAACCGAACGAAACCAUGCGGCUUUAUACACUAGUUAGUUUCUUGAGCAAAUUUAGUUCAAGGUUGUGAGCUUAGCAGUCAAAGAUAGAUAAAGAUAGCUCAAGCUGGUGCAAAGUAU